CGUGAUUUUGCUCUGUUUCCACCGCCACCUCCUGCACCCAUCACCCACCAGCACCAGCAGCAGCAGCAACCGAGCCGGCCGCAGGAAACGCGGUGUUUGGAAUAUUCAACUGCCAGCACCAGCCGCCAGCUCGAUCCUAUUCGCUGGGAAAUCCAAUUACUUUCGGACUUUGGAUCGGCACAUGGUGUUCGAUUCAAUAGUGCGUCCAUAAAUUCCGUCACCAUUUCGUCGACAGUGGUGAAACGAAGGCCAGCGCCGCAAAUCACGGUAGCGAGCGCCCCACAAGUCCUAUCACCAAAGAGACUGUGCACGACACCGCUGGCCGGUGCAGCAACGAUUCCGACUCUAGGUACCUGUCUAGUAUCUGCACAUCCUCAGGCUCCGGCUGCAGCCGCCGCAGCCGCUGCAGCUCUGUUGCAACACCACCAGGCCCAGGCGGCCCAUCAUCAGUUUCAACAGCAGCAACAGCAGCAGCAGCAGCAUCAACAACAACAGCAACAAGUGCACCAACAACAGCAGCAGCAGACUAGACUGCAAGGUCAGCACCACCAUCACCACCAGCAGUUGCUAGAAUCUGCCUCUGGAGCCCCUGUCCAACAGCAGCUAGUAUCGGUUCCGCUAGUAAUCACAUCCAGUAGCAGCAGUCACCAGCAGCAACCGAUGUUCACAUCACCGAUAGUCGCCCAAUCAAAUCCGGCUGUCAGUACGCAGUCCAUCAACGGUUCGCUUAACGUGAACACAGCCAACAAUAAUCACAACCUCGGACAAACACAGAACAGUCUCGCCGGCAGUAACACAAAAAUGGAUAACUCUAUGGGACAGAUGACUCCGAUGGCACCGUUGGCGCUUUCUCAGAGCAUGGAUUCGGUGAACACGGCUAGCAACGAAGAAGAGGUACGCACUCUAUUUGUCAGCGGACUGCCAAUGGAUGCGAAACCCAGAGAACUCUACCUUCUGUUCAGAGCUUAUGAGGGCUACGAAGGAUCACUGCUGAAAGUUACGAGUAAAAACGGAAAGACAGCAUCGCCGGUCGGCUUUGUCACGUUCAGCACACGCUCGGGCGCCGAAGCGGCAAAACAGGAUCUGCAGCAAGGUGUACGCUUCGAUCCUGAUAUGCCCCAAACAAUACGCUUGGAAUUCGCCAAGAGUAACACUAAAGUGAGCAAACCAAAACCACAACCUAAUACAGCGGCCACAGCUGCACAUCCUGCAUUGAUGCACCCACUUACCGCUGGACACUUAGGUACUCCAUUUUUUCCUGGGGGCCACGAGUUAUGGCAUCAUCCGUUAGCAUUCUCGGCGGCAGCCGCUGAACUGCCGAGUGCUGCCGCGCUGCAGCAUGCGACCCUCGUCCAUCCGGCACUGCAUCCUCAGGUCCCGCAACAAAUGCAAAUGCAACACCCAUCAGCAAUACAUCCAGCGUCGAUGCAUGUCUCGGCGGGUCUACCAGCGAACCAUUUUUUACCAAGUCCAGCGUUGGCGAGCCCGGUUGGCAGCACUGGUGGCAACCAGCCGCCUAAUCCGCCCUUGGCCGCCAAUGCUCCCUGCUCAACGCUAUUCGUUGCUAACCUGGGACAGUUUGUCUCCGAACACGAGCUGAAAGAAAUAUUCGCUAGUCUGCCUGGCUUUAGUCGCCUCCGUAUGCACAGUAAGGGCACCUCAGCCGCUGCGACUGCCGUUGCCGCUGCUGCUGCUGCUACUAGUACUACUUCUGCCACCAUCACUACCACUUUCAAUACUAACGCUGCUAUCCAAGGUAACAACUACAACAACAACAACAGCAACAACACCAACAACAACAACAACAGCCCCGCCCAAGUUCCGGUCGCCUUCGUUGAGUUCAAGGACGUAGCCAGUGCUGCGACUGCAAUGAGCGCCCUCCAGGGCAAGUAUUUACUCUCGUCGGAUCGUGGUGCCAUGCGGAUCGAGUUCGCAAAGUCCAAGAUGGCGGCCGAUCUACCGUCGCAUCACUUUUAUCACAUUCAUAUGCAGCAAAGAGAAGGGAGCGGGUUUGGAGCCAAGAAUGGAACACCAUUUGGGGAAGAAGAGUGAACGAACCGAUCUCAACACGUAUUUAAUGGCAACGACAUGACCCCAUCAACAGCAACAUCAGCAGCAACAACAACAACAGCAGCAGCAGCAACAACAGCAUCAUCAGCAAAGCCAUCAUUUACAAGCGACGAACUCUUUCGUCGACAGCUCCUACAGUAGCGGAACAUGUGGAAAUGGACUUGGAUUCAACAAUGGGCGGAUUACCAGCAGCAACUACAGUUAUAGCAACACUAACAACAGCAGCAACAACGGACUAUACGCAAUAGCUGUUCCACAGCCACGAGCGUAGACUUGGCUGUAGAAAGAUUUUAUUUCCCUAACCUUACCCAGGUCAGUUUAGUUGAAGCGUAUGUGAUACCAAAUAUAGUGAAGGUCGAACAUAUUAUACCAUUUGUUUACGACCCAAUUUACUGAUCACGAAUGAACCAAAAAGUGCCCUAAUAAGUUUACAAAGAAAACCUUACUAUCUAAUUUAUAUUUUGUUGAUUGUUAAUUAAACUUACUCUUUUAUGUUGAAUCAAAAUCGUGCUGUUCAACUUUUCUAGGAAAUCGCUAAACAUAUGUAAUUAGGGUUUCACAAGUAAACAUCUGUACUAGAAUAUAUUGAAUUAAGAAAAGAAUAAAAAAGAAGCAACAAUACGGCGAACUAUUCAAAUAUGAAGCAAUAACUAUAAUGUAAAUUAAAAUAUCCAUGUAUAUCAAAGAUUUAUAAAUCAACUGUAAGAAAUGAUUGACGACUCAUAGUUUGUAAAACUGCGCGUAGGUAAGUCCAAGACCCAUUUCCAGUGGAAUACGUUGCUGUAGAGGCAUUUUGGAAGUUUUUUUCUACUAUUCUAUUUCACAUGCGGCAUUAUCGGAAGCUACUAGCAGAUUAGAUAUAACAAUUACUGCAAGACAAACACUUGCUACGAUCUAGUAAACGUAAGUCAUGUUUAGACAAAAUUACUGCUCUUUAUCCCAACUAUUCUGUGUCGGUUCCAAAACGAUAGCAAAGCAAAACCGUUGAAAAAAAAUCCUUGACCCCCAUAAAAGACUAGAAUUAGAAACCGAUGAGAGGGGCCAAUCGAAGCUAGUUGGAAACGAUAAUAUUGUACGCUGGAAACAACCUUCAUUCAGUCUCUUAUAGAACGCGUCGGUCAGUUUUCCACCGUAAGUUACCGUCAAUUAGAUAUUACAAAUCAAUGAACAAGGACACCAAAGAAUUCAAUAAGUUCCUACAAACGAAAGCGAGGACUUUACAAGAAAAAAAAAAGAAAUACUAUCAGGUUCAACUGUGAACUUUCAAACCGGAAGGAAGCUAUAGGAGCCAUACCAAAGCAAUUCGCUAAGCGUAAAACCAUCAUGCUUGCACCGGAACUAUUGUAUAAGCGAGUGAAGGUUGUUUCGGGUUCAGUUUUUCGAACUUUCCGAUCAGCUUGGGUUUGGCUAAACUUUGAAAACAAAAAAAUAUCCUUGCUUGGAAAUGCAAGAAUCGCGUAGAUGUGAGAGUAUUUAGGAAUCGUUAAGCUAGGCAAUAAGUAGUAAAACUAUUUUCAGUGUUUGAUUUAGUGAGUGAACCCUAUAGUGUCUAAGGAUCCACGAAAGGGUAGAAUCCUUUCGAACAUAACAAACAGAAAAACAGUUUGUUAAACGGGAAAGUAUGCCGGUUUCUGUGCCGUCGAAAACCUGCACUGCGAAACUGCGUGUGAAUGAUCAAGAAAGGAAUUUACUUGACAGUUAUCGAGGAGUAAAAACAUAGUAAAAGCUGGCUCAGCCACGAAUGGUAAAAAAAAAGUCAAGGGAAAGGUACAUGUGCAAGAAGCGAAGAAUCAUUCCGUCCAAUACAGUGUGUAGUUAAAUCGGAUAAGUAUAGAUCUGUUUUUAAGACGACAAUCUGUAUCUUGAUCCGGCCCGGCCCGGAGCAUGGCGUCACCGAGAACUAGAGCGCGCUGGUGUUUAGAACCACGCUAAGCCUGAAAAUCUGUUCUCUGCGAGCCUGCUCUUGUUACGGGAGUCAAAUGAAUACAUAUCAAUUUUUGGGUGAAACUAUAGGCGUUAAGGACAAGUAACUUAGUGAAGUAAAUAAUACAAGUAGUGGUUAAGCUUUCUUUACUGUCUAACUGCUAGUGUGUCGUACUAUGCGUUGUUCUGAAGAACGAAACUUAACUUGCAUCCGGAGAAAAAUGGCAUGUACUAAGCUAUCGUUAAUGCCCACGUUUUUAACUUUAAACUCUCAUUUGACGCUAGAAGAAAAGAAAAUGCGUUCUGAAAUUUACAGUAGAACAUUUAGAUUGAUUGAAUAUAGUUGUAAUAAUGAAAUAUGUGAUAAAUGGUUUAAUAAAAUGAAAACAGUUUCGUCGCUUCAUGAAAAUCAACAAAGCAUGUUACAGCGCGUCUAACUCGGUGCAUCCAUGAUAAGCCCCAGCAAGGAAAGUAAAUACACAUAGUUUAUCGAUCUGUGACAAUGGAUCGAUUCUUUUGACAUCUUCAGCAAACAAAGCAAACGUAUUCUUCACUUGUUUAUAUGUACACGGCUAAGCGAGUGUAGGUGUAACUUUUAUUAACCAAAUAAUAUCGUUUCAUACAAACAAUUAUACCAACUAGUUCGUAUCAGAAGAAGAGGAAUAAUUUUAAGUCACACCCAUACAGGCGAUUUUUUUCGAUCGACUUUAUAUUAGACUUUAGUGAAUUAGACGGAUUACUAAUCAAACUUCAAAUGCCUUCUAGCUUUAUUUUACUAAACUACUAAUUGUUGACUAAGAUGCUGACCAUUGCGAAGCUAAGUUAUCUUUUAACGGUUUUUGAGUUUAAGUUGAAUUCUGUAAGGAAAGUAAGUCGAAUGAAAAGUAAACGAACAUGAUUCACAAGAUACAUAGAGAAAAAAAACCCUAGACUAAUAAACGAUAUAAAAGAUUAUUCAAUGGAAAAAAAUGUUACGAUAAAUCAACAAUUCAAACAUAUCAAUUUCGUGCCCGAUCAUAUUGAAGAGAAAAUUUAUUGAUGAAAUGUAAGCAUAUAUUAACAUUAACUGAAGAGAAAAUAAUAUAUUAACUAUACAUCUACUGCAACUAUGAACAAAACAAAAAAAUAUCAACUAAAGGUAACAAAACAAUUUAAUAUAAUGCGCUGAUGAAAUGUGAACAUGUGAAGCAAAAAAAAAAUAUUGAUGUAUCUGUUCAACCUUUGACAUUAAGAUCUAAUCGAGCAACUCUAAUAAAGCCGUACUACUUUCCAACUAUCGAUUUUUUCCUGGGCAGGACUGAAAAGUGAGGACAAUCGAAGCAAUCGGUUCCAGUUUCGGCUCCAUCGAGUAACCGAAGAAGGGCAGUAGAAAAUCGAACAAAAAAGAGCAAAUGACACAUCGAUAUACUUAUGUACUUAAAUUCCAAACAAAGAGCUUCUCUGAAUUGAUACUGAAAUUCGUGUUUUUUGACAAUCAAAGCUACCAUCUUUUACACAUUCAUACAUACAUACAUACAUACACACACACGCGCUCAUGGCGGCCGGCAUCGGCGAAGAAUGGCACCGAAUGGCGGCAUGAUUUUCUAGUCCGCGUAACGUUCGCCCUUAACUAGUGAGGAACACACUGUUCUUAUUUGAUUGUCCCUAGCCUUUCGGUUCUGCUGCUGUUAUUUGUUUGUUUUUUUUUUUCUAUCCAAUUUGACGAUAAUAAGAAAUUAACCAAAGAUAUGUAUUUUAUUAUUUAAAUUAUUUAUUUAUUCUAAAGCAAACGCUAAUUUAUUUGUAUGCUUUACUCUCAAUAAACAAAUGAUCUUUAGCAGUAAAACAUGAGUAUAUUUUUUAGCAUUAAAAUAACAAUACUAAAGUACAUUACAAUUAUUAAGCAUAACAGUGAAAUAUAUUUAGCUAUAGCGUAUGUAGUACAAUGGAAUGUAAUAUCUAGAGAAAAAAAACUAGAAGGAUGUUAAUUAAACAAAUGAAAACCUAAUAUUAAACUAUCUGAGCAGCUCUUCAGUAACCCCAUGAGUUUGAGCAGUGAAAAGAAAAAACGAAAACAAAGUAUUCAGUGUUGACCCCUGAAUUGGAGAAAAGUAAAAAAAUACAAAAAAAACACAAUAAGUGCGUGGCAAAGUGAGUAAGUUUUACUUGCCGCCCUCCCGAACUCAUUCAAGUCCACCCCCAUUCGACUUAUUGCCGGCGAAAAAUAUUACGAAUGUUCAUACGGAAGUUAGCUAAACUUACAACAAAUACAAGCAAUUUAAACUACGCUAUCUCACUUGUUUUGUUCGUACACGUAACAGAUUCGAUAUAACCAACAAGAAGAUAUAAUGAAGAAGUCAUAGAACAUCGCAAGCAACAACAACAAAAAAAAACUCACAAAAUAUCUUAAACAAGAUCAUUGUUAUCAAUUUAUAGAUCAAAGAAGAGAAAACGAAAACAAGAAAUGACAAUUCUACCAAAAACGCCUUCAGCGACAUUUACAAACUCGUAGCUGAGACUUUUACCUAGUCAAAUAUUUUUUAUAAUCUAACCAAAAAAACAAUAAAACUAAAAUCAAGGAUUCUGGCGACUGAGUUCGCACCCAACUUUCUGCGCUUCUCAGCAUCUGUACUUCGUUGCAAAACACUGGUUUAGUCCCAUCGCAAGCUAGCUAUUCAAGAUGCGCAAAACUCAACGUUCUGAGACAAAUGACACAGAUACUUUUUCCUUCGUUAUUAUUUUCCACACACGUUUUUCAAAUUCACCACGCAAAAAUUGCACUUUUCAGCGCUCGCACUUUUUCGUCUGCCAAUCACAAGCAAGCAAAGCAAACAAAACCCCCGCCCCCCAAAGCACUUCAGCCAGAGCGUGCAAAAUGUUUCUAUACAAAGUAAAAAAAAACACUCUAGAAUCGACGAAACAAGCCGAUGCAGUCAAAAAAAAUCUAAAGGAUAUGUUUUCUUGUACAAUUAUUAUCGCGAAUGCAUAUCACCGAUACGUGCGGUAAAAGUGAGUACAUUUGCACACAGCACAUGCAAUAACACGAGUUUACUGACAUUCAAAGGCACAACACAACACAACACUCACAAAACACAUUUAGUGACACGCUAACACGGAUGUUUUUUGUUGUUCUGUUUUGAGGUUACUGAUUACUCUCACAAACUCCCUUUAAAAAAAACGAAGAAAAAAGACCGAAAUCUUUUGACUUAAUAGUGCACAAUGAUUUUUGAUUUGAUUUUCCUCGUUCUGGAACACACCCUCACCUCCUUUUAUCCUUUUUGUUUAUUCGAAUGGGUUUCGUUUCCAGUUUCUAUCUUUUUAAAUGUUUUAUCUUAAACACAUUGUUGGAAAAGUUUCAAUGAUUUCGAUAGUAAUUUUAAUUGUACGAUGUAUGAAGAAGAGAAAAUUUUUGACAAAUAUUUUUAUCUAUUCUUAAAAAGUGAUAAGGUAUAUUAAAAAAAAAACAAGGAAGAAAAGGAAAUAAUAUUGAAACUUUUUAUGGGAAACUUAUAUAAUAUUGUAAUAGACCUAGAGCAACAAAUGGUUAAACAGCAGAAGAUGAAGCAUGGAAUAGGCUUAAUUAAAAAUAAAUCAUAAGCGGACAAACAGCAAAAAAGACGCUGGCGAGAAUCUCAAUCUACAGCUAAAGGAAACGAGAGAAACUUUCAUGAUGAAUGUGAUUGAUGUUUAUCCUUUUAAGCUAGAAGUUGUUCCAAAGAUUUUUUUCCCUUUUAUGUUUGAACAUUUUUAAAGACACACGUUUCUUCUUUCAAUUUUGCAAUAAGUUUUAUGGCGUUCCGGUUUGCUCGAUCCUGGGCCGGUUAACAGUGAAUGGUUUCAAAUAAAGGAGUACAUUAAUUCUUCGUAACUCUGCCCUGUACAUUGUUUUCUAGAACUCAACAACACGAAUUCGAGCUUUCCGAAACAUUCUAACCUCCUAAAUUUUGCACGUAAUUCUCACAAUCAACCGGCCUGGCGGCACCGGAAUGUCGCAUCACUUAAUUAUUGUGCACUGGUAUAAUUUUAAUAGAAAAAAAACUCCUAAUCGAAACAACUGUUCUGAAUUGUUAGCUUUUAGUUUGUAAAUUUUCUCUCACUGUCAGCCCACAGUUAUUAUUUCUUUAUUCUUUUGUCAAUAUUUAUUCAGAGCACUUUUCCUUUCACUAUUAAACUGUCUCGUAAAAUUAUCUUCGUUUUAAUUUUCAACAUGCCUAUGAAAGUUUUUUAGUUCUAUUCGUACACUUGAUUUCUUCUUAAAUUUUUCUUGAUUUAUUAAUUCUAAAGAGACAUACAAUUCAGAACAGGAAUGGCCUUAAUAACAGUUUUUAAAAGAAAUAUAAGAAUAAUAAGUAAUUAAAAAUAAAGAAAUGGAUAUUUAAAAUUGAUUUUUUAAAGUUUUUAACAAAGACGACAAAAAUUCAAUUAAAAUACAUAACAAAAAUUACUUUAUAACCUUGGAAUCCAAAAUAAAAUACACAUAUGAGGCGAACAUACAACAGUUUACGAAUAUGGAUCAACGCAAAACGUAGCAAUUAGAUGUAACAAACAGCUGAAAAUGUUCGUUAUAUUCAGACCCCCAGUAUCGACCUACGCCCUUGACCUGAAUGAUUAAUUUACAAAACCAAAAAAAUAAGGCAGAAGAAACACUACAUAAAGCGCAAUUCAUAGCGAACACCGAAAAAGCAACGUUCAUUCCAAUGUUCAGUGAGAGCCACGUGUUCUCCGUGAUAUUUGCAUAUAGCAAAAGAAAGAAACAAAGAAGAAAAAUGCCGAUUACAAGAAGCAAAAUUCCCACAAACACAGACACACACACACAUAUUGAAAAUAUCUCAGCGAACCGAGUAAGUGUGUUAAUGAAUCUGAAACUGUAAUUUUUCUCUACCUGAAUGUCGUGACACAAAAGUGACCGAAAAAAAAUAAAAUGAAAACAACGCAAUGAUACAAAAACGAGAAGAAUUUCUUUCUUUUUUGACAUCUGGUUUAAGCAACAAGAAGAACAACAACAACAAUGAACAGCAGCAAAAUAGAAACAACCCUGGAUAACAGUCAAAAAUCAGAAAAAUAAAACACAAAAGAAAAAAGAAAAGGAUAACUCUACUAACUAUCAAAUGCUAGAUAUAAUUAACAUUGUAUAGGGUCCAAAGGUGGGGAAAGUAAUGAAUUAAAUUACAAAUAAAUUAAAUAUGUAAUAACA